GUCAUUAUUAGUUUUUUAUUUCAUAUAGAACGCUAAUCCUUUAUAAAUGAACUCAAAUUUAGAUGGCCGAACUAGAUUUCGUGCCCUUGCAUAAAUGCUUAUUCUGCGACAAGAUAUUCCGACACGAAAGCAUGCUCAAGAAACACAUGUCAACACACUUUGAUUCAACAUUAUUAGAGUGCGACAUUUGUGGAUUGCAAUUUCAGUUUCCAGAACAUUUACAUCAGCAUUCAAUUAUCCACACCUUACAAGGACAGGUUGGCCUUCCUCCUCCACCACCACCGUCAGCACCACAGCAACAACAACCUCAGCAACAGCAGCAGCAACAACAACAGCAGCAGCAACAACAACAACAAACUCCAAACACAGUUUCAUCUUCAUCUACCAAUCACCACACGCCAAAUCAUUACGGCUGUUCUCACUGUGAAGCAGAGUUUCCAAAUCGAGAUAGCCUGCAGCAACACGAGGUAGCUGUCCAUAGUUCAGGUGGAAGCUUCAGAUUACAUUCUUGCCCUGAGUGUGGGGAAAAAUUUUUUCUCCUCGCAGAAUUGAAACGACACGCACAAAUGCACAGGCUAACUUUAGAUGGUUUUGACAGCAUAACUGGCCUACCUCUUGGCAGCAACAUGACCCGCACAGGCAAGAAGAAGACAUUUGAGUGUCCAGAAUGUCAUAAAUUUUACUCAACGUACGGCAACCUCAAACAACAUGCACUAACCCACGACGGUGCCCGGCCAUUUGAGUGCGAUGACUGCGGUAAAAGAUUUACAACUGCUGGAAACCUCAAACAGCACCGCAUCAAACACCUGGUUGACGGGAAGCCUCACCCCUGCCCCAUUUGUGGCAAACGUUACUCAACUGCAGGCAACCUCAAACAGCAUCGGAUGAGGCAUUUAAAAGCACGCCCCUUCUCUUGCGAUUUGUGUGGAAAAUCUUUUUCAACAGCCGGGAUAUUAAAACAGCACGCCGUCGUUCACACAGGGAUUAAGAUGCACAGGUGUGUCGUCUGUGAGAAGAGUUUUAGUUCCCUGGGAAAUCUUCGCCAACAUGAGCUGAUCCAUAGUCGGGAUCACCCCACGUUCUCAUGUCUCGUCUGCAACUGUUGGUAUACUACUGCUGGAAAUCUCAAACAACACGUCGCUAAAAAACACGGUCCCAAUGAGCGCCUAACUGCUUGCCCGCGCUGCAAACGACGUUUCUACUCUCCAUACGAUGAAGGAAUGGUCCGUAUAGAGGACCCAAACACAAACAUGUGGGAGAGAGUCUGCGACCAGUGCACGAACGGAGGAGGUCCCGGAAACAUGUCAAUGUCCUCGUCCGUGGGGCAGAACUCUAUGGGGGAUAUGUCUUCAGGGAACAGCCUGGACCCCCAAAAAAUGAUGAUGCAGGGUGAUGUUGGCCAGGAUAACUCAACGCCAUUUAAAAAUGGGAGUAACCCAUUAUGCAUAUGA